AUGCCAAGUAAGGAUCUCUUCGGUUACAAUCCGCUUCUUUGUGCGGUAAAAGCUAAGGCACUCAAAUGUGUUGAGGAAAUCCGUAAUGCUGGUGGAGUAAUUGAUAUUCCACAAUUUAAACUAGGCGUGGCUCAUCCACAAAUUGUUCUGUGGUGUAGACAUGAUUUAGUAUAUUUCGUUGCUCCACAACGUCUCUUAGCGCUUUAUCUCACUAUUUUUAAAUUAUACUACGGACAAAAGUUAUCACCUUACUUUUGGGGCUCAGCUCAGUUUAUAUUUGCCUUUUCAGGAGUAGAUCUUUGUCUCGCGGCUGCUCAUGGAGAUGUUGAGCAAUUACGAUGCUGGGAAGCAGCCGGGAGUGAGCUAGUUGAAACAGACUACGAUAGAAGGACAGCCCUGCAUGUGGUAAUUUUCAGGCGAACAAUAAGCCAGUAUUGA